AUGCCGCAGAAAACAGUAUACUUUGGCCGAUUCAUUUCGACGCCUCAGCCAAACGAACUUUUGAUCCGUACUGGCGCAGCACUGGUGAACAGAAAGGAUGGAAGAGGCACGAUAGAGAAGAUGGACUGGACGGUCGGUAGCCCUCAGGAUGCCGUUCAUAAGUAUGGGAUCGACACGCCCGUUGUCACCGCGAAGGACAAUGGAUUCUUUUUCCCCGGCUUCAUUGGUGAGUGCUUCCACAGCUACUGGGAUCUUCGAAACAGGAAGAGCUUGACUCUGUGGACCAGGAAGAUGGCUAAUGGCUGUCUGCAAACAGAUACCCAUAUUCAUGCGUCGCAGUACCCAAAUGUCGGCAUAUUCGGGAAGUCCACCCUUCUCGACUGGCUAACGACAUAUACAUUCCCCCUGGAAUCGUCUUUGGGCAACCCAAAGUCUCCCAUGUACAGGAAUGCCACCGAGCCUCCUGACCCGCUUGCUCGAGCAAAAACCGUCUACAACAGAGUCAUCUCCCGGACACUGGCGAACGGAACCACCACGGCGUCCUACUACGCUACUAUCCACCUGGACGCCACGAACCUGCUGGCUGACAUCGCGUUCGCCAGGGGCCAGAGAGCUUAUAUUGGACGAGUGUGCAUGGACCGACCCGAGACGUGCCCCGAAUAUUACCGAGACGAAAGUACAGAGCAGACGAUAGCUCACACAAAAGCCAGCAUAGAACACUGCAGAUCGCUCGAUGUCUCGGGGGAGUUGUUGGCACCCAUCAUCACCCCGAGAUUUGCUCCGAGCUGUCUACCGGAAACGCUGUCGCAACUGGGCGCGCUGGCGAAAGCAGAGGAUCUUCGAGUGCAGACGCAUAUUUCGGAAAAUCUGAGCGAGAUCAGCCUUGUCAAGCAAUUGUUCCCUGACCAGACCACUUACACCGACGUCUACGACCAUCAUGAACUGUUGACGCCACGCACCAUUCUAGCCCACGCCGUCCAUCUCAGCCAAGAUGAGAUGAGGCUUAUCAAACAGAGAAAGACCAAGAUCAGUCAUUGCCCUGCCAGCAACAGCGCAUUGGGCAGUGGGUUUUGCCCCGUACGGGUGAUGCUAGACGAAGGUCUGGAGGUCGGGCUCGGGACGGACGUCAGCGGCGGCUACAGUACGAGCAUACUCGAUGCAGUCAGGAACGCCUGCAUGGUGAGUCGCCAUGUCGGCUAUGUCAACGGCGGCGACAGCAGGUACAACCUUGGCGUGGCGGAGGGGCUCUGGCUUGCAACAGUCGGCGGGGCAAAGGUGGUCGGCAUGCAAGGACGCCUGGGCGGGUUCGAAGAAGGGAUGUUGUGGGAUGUCCAAGAGAUCGUCCUGGACGAGGUCGACCCGAACGGCGAGCGCGGAGAGACCGAGGUAGACAUCUUUGGAUGGGAGACCUGGGAAGAUCGGGUGGAGAAAUGGGUGUGGAAUGGAGACGAUAGAAAUGUCCGACGGGUGUGGGUUGGUGGAAGGUUGGUUCAUGAGAGACAGUGA